GUUAAUUUGAUGGUUAAAAUCUGAAAAACUUUUGUCGCCGAAGCGUAAAGGAAAAAGCUUUGAUCUAAGUUGUAGAAAGACCACGAUUGAUCUUUCGAAUCAAAGAGAGAGAGAUCGAUUCGUUGAAUAAUUUUUUGCCUUAUAUGCGGAAGAACCCUAGCUGAUAAUUCGCUAUGGGAGAUUCCGCUUCUUCUUCUUCUGUUCACCAAUCUCUUGGUGGUGGCUCAGUUGCUGAUUUGCUGCUAUGGAGAAACGGGAGUGGUGCGGUCAUUUUGCUUGUGUCGUCUACUGUGUUUUGGUUCCUGUUCGAGAGAGCUGGUUACAAUCUCUUGUCUUUUGUCUCCAAUGUUCUGCUUCUUCUUGUUGCUAUCCUCUUCUUAUGGGCCAAGUCUGCUUCACUACUCAACCGACCUUUACCACCAGUUCCCAAUAUGGAAGUCCCUGAGGAGUUUGCUAUCAAGGCUGCUGAUGAUAUUCGAGUUUUGAUUAAUCAUGUACUCUCAAUUGCAAGUGAUAUCACCAUUGCUAGAAACCCAAUUCGUCUCCUUCAGGUUUCAUUUGUCUUGUGGGCUAUAUCCUAUGUUGGGACUUUAAUCAACUCCCUCACCCUUGUCUACAUUGUGAUUCUUGUCAGUCUUUCUGUUCCUCUUGUGUACGAGCAGUACCAAGACCACAUCGACGAUAAACUGAACUCAACUUCUAAAGUCAUUCGAAAUAUAUCACGGAAGAUUCCGAUGCCCGUAAGCAAAGAAAAGAAGUAUCAAUAGUAGCUGCAGGUGAAAAAAAUGUCGAUUGGUUCAUCAGACUAAAUACAGAAGCUUUUAGCACACAAGAAAGAACCAUUACUGGAUUACUUGCUUAUAAGAGGCUGAUCAAGCAGUGGCAAAAAUUGGAUCCCAGUACAGAUUUUUGUUCAUUUUAUCAACUCUUUCCGUCUGUUCUGUUCUAGAUUCAUCUGUUGCUAAAACAUUUGGUCUUUUUGUUUACCGUGGCAUUGUUGUUGCAGUAGAAUCUAAUACAAUUUGAGUGUUCUUUCUGACCACCCAAUUUGAGUGUUUUUUUUAUCAACACCCAUUUUGAGUGGUUAUUCAAUCAUAUUCACUG